CGCGCAGGACCAGGCUUGAUUCACGUUCUCAGGCGCGGCCGCACCGUCUUAUAAAGCGGACGUCGCGACGUCGAUCCCGACUAUCAUGUCCGCUCAGGUCGCUGUCGACAACGACUACCAACCUAUUCCUGCGGAGAACGAAGCUGGGGAACCGCUGAUGGGACGAGAAGAACAGACCGUCAAGCCGGAGGGACGGGCGGGAGAUGGACUGUGGAGGACGGUCGCUCUAAUCUCGGUUAUUGGGCUGACAGUGACGACCUGGUUGCUCGUUAUCUUCAACGACCCGAGUUCUGUGGGCUGGUUUGCCCUGCACCCGCCUUUACAGACGUUUGCUCUGGCAGCCUUUACGCUGGGUAUCCUGACCCUGCAGCCGACUUCCCAGCCCAAGACGAAGGCCGCGGGUCUUGCGAGGCACCAAGUCAUUCAGCUGGUCGGAAUUGCGGCAGUCGUAAUGGGAACCUGGUUUAUGAUCUAUAAUAAGAUCACUCAUGGUGCCGCACAUUUCACCACCUGGCAUGGAACGUUCGGUAUCAUCACCACCGUAUUACUGGUAGCUCAGGUUCUCAUCGGAGGAGCAAGCGUGUGGUUCGGCGGCGCUGCCUUCGGAGGAGGCAUGAAAGCAAAAUCUGUUUGGAAAUAUCAUCGCCUUCUCGGAUACGUCAUCUAUCCGUUGAUGUUAUUUACCGUCUACCUCGCGGGUGAAUGGGCGACUUGGGUCGUCGCACACACCACAUGGAUUGUGCGCUUCCUUGCCUAUACCGUUGCCCCUGUUGCCCUACUUGUAGGCAUAUACGGCAGAGUCAGGACAUCCAAGAUGAAAUUCUUCUGAACAUCUCGCGGGACUGGGGAUUGAUCAUGGCUGCGGUGGUGAUAUUAGUGACUUCUUGCUUGGAUGUAUACGCCUACUCUCUCGACUGCUUCCCUCAACGGAUACUAUCAAAGUUACUGUUGCUAUCGCUGUAUGAAGUUGCCUUGGGGGUUAUGCCGAUUCGGAAUGUCA